AUGGCGGACGCGCCAGCAAAGCACGAGGCGGAGCAUGUGAACGCCGCCCCUCCACCAGCCGACAUCGCACCAGACCCCGAGGAAGACGACCUUUCCGACCUGGACGACGUCCUAGACGAGUUCGCAAACACAAAGCUCGACUCGAAACCUGUCACAGCUCCCACAUCAUCUGCACCCAAGGCCGCACCGCAACCGCCGGUGCCCUCUUCUUCUGGUCCUGGCAGACCAGAAGACAUAUCGCCCGCUGAACUCCUCCUCCAAGAUGAAGACGAAUUCGCUAAGAAGUUGCAAGAGGAGAUGGAGCAGCUGCUCGGCCAAGGCGACUUUCAGAAGCAGUUCGAAGACAUCAUGAAGGAAAUGAACAGCGAAAUGGGCGGCGACCACCUCCCAGCUCCAACAGCCUCUGAAGCCGCAGCCGCAGCGUCCUCGUCACUCAAAGACGGCACCUCCUCCAAAGCAAGCGAGCCUGCCAGCAAAGCAGACAAAAGCUUCCAAGACACCAUCAAGAAGACCAUGGAACGCAUGCAAGAGUCAGGCGACGCAGCAUCUUCGGCGGCAGCAUCCUCGGCUAGCCAAGACGAUAUCCUCGCGCAGAUGCUCAAGGAAAUGGAGAGCGGAGGGCUUGGAGGUGAGGGAAGCGACGAGGAUUUCAGCAAGAUACUCAUGGGCAUGAUGGAGCAGUUGACCAACAAAGAGAUCUUAUACGAACCUAUGAAGGAGCUUGACGUCAAGUUUCCAGCUUGGAUGGAAAAGAACAAAGGAAAGGUGCCGACAGAAGACCUCAAGAGGUACGAGGAGCAGCAGGUGCUGGUUAGACAGAUUACAGGGCGCUUUGAGAGGAAGGGCUACAGCGAUGACAACGCCAAGGACAGGGAGUAUAUUGUAGAGAGGAUGCAGAAGAUGCAAGCCGCCGGUUCGCCGCCGCCCGAUCUUGUUGGUGACAUGAAUGCCGCGCAGGAAGCACUUGCAGGUAUGGACGAAGGGUGUCCAACACAGUAG